AUGUGCCAGUACAGACCGGGAAAACACCGCUCCACCGGGCUGCCGAGGAAGGCCACACAGAAACUGCACAAGUUUUACUCACAGCCGGGACAUAUGUUAACGCACGGGACGAAGAUAGGAGAACUCCGCUCCUCCGGGCUGCCAAGGAAGGUCACACAGAAACUACACAAGUGUUACUCACAGCCGGGGCGGAUCCUAACGCACGGGAUGGAGAUGGGAGAGCACCGCUCCACCGGGCUGCCGAGAGAGGCCACACAAAAACUGCACAAGUUUUACUCACAGCCGGGGCAGAUCCUGACGCACGGAACCCAGAUGAGGACACACCGCUCCACCGGGCUGCCUGGGAAGGCCGCACAGAAACUGUACAAGUUUUACUCACAGUCGGGGCAGAUCCUAACGCACGGAGCAACGGUGGGACCACACCGCUCCACCUGGCUGCCAAGGAAGGCCACACAGGAACUGCACAAGUUUUACUCACAGCCGGGGCAGAUCCGAACGGACGGGACGAAGAUGGGACCACACCGCUCCACCUGGCUGCCAAGGAAGGCCACACAGGAACUGCACAAGUUUUACUCACAGCCGGGGCAGAUCCGAACGGACGGGACGAAGAUGGGACCACACCGCUCCACCGGGCUGCCAGUAGAGGCCACCCAGAAAUUGCACAAGUUUUACUCACAGCCGGGGCAGAUCCUAACGCACGGGACAAACGUGGUAAGAAACUGUGACAUCACCCCUCACAUCCCCUUACUCACAGAAAGGGUAGGGUUGAGAUGGAGGGAGCUGGCCGGCCGGCUGGGCUUCUCUACAGACGACAUAGAUGGGAUUGUCGCUGGUGCCCGUAACCAUGACGACCGGUACUGCUGCACGGCCAUACUGGAACAGUGGCAGCAGCGGGAGGAAGGCAAGGGGAUCUUGAAACUGCAGGUCAUGGAGGCAACCCUGUUUGACAUGGGUCUGGGAGACGUGGUUCGUGUUAUUCAGGAAUGGCUAAGUCAUCUUGUUGUGGGGCUAGAAGCGUUGAUGAAGACGCAAGAAUUCCUAACAGACAACGUGGAUAAAGACACUACAGUCCAGUUCAUGGAAAUGAGAGGGCGCUCAGCAUCGUCUUCAGAACUACUGAUGAACGAUUUGGUGGGUUGCAUCAAAUCACCAGAAGACUAUGAGGACCUGCUACAGUCACUGGAAGAAAAAAAGAGCACAGUUAUUAUCGCCACACCUUCAAGCACAACAGCGCAGAGUGAGUAUUCUAACAGCUCAAAGAUCGUGAAUUCGACGCAAAGAGUCAAAUUAAUGUUCCUGGGACAAACUGGAUCCGGUAAGACAAGUCUCUGCCUGACAAUGAUUGAUGGAAAGGCCCACACAGAAGACGAGUCAGACAGAACAAUAGGGGUGGACAUCAGGUCGUACAUCGAUCAAACACAUGGUGUAGAGUACAAAAUCUAUGACUUUGGCGGCCAUGACGUGUACCACUACACACACCGUUUCUUCCUGACACACCUGGGGCUGUACCUGCUGUGUGUUGACCUGCCAGGCUACACGUCAGGGGAGUUCCAGGAGCGGGUAGGCAAGUGGAUGACAUCCAUCUCUUCCCACGUGACAAAACCAUCUCUGAUUGUUGUGGGGACGAAAAGUGAUAAAGGUGACGUCAUGGAGAAGAUUGCACUGUUGGAGAGGGAUAUCAAGUCCGCCGAGACAGCAGUCAGACAGGCGCUGGAGACGGAGAUCAGCAGAUGCCAGGAAACUCUGGACAGCCGAGAACAAGGUCUAGGUCUUCGUGGGAAAGAUGAUCACUUUGUUGGCUUGUCACGUGAAGACGUACUGGACAAGCAAACGUCGUUGCAGAAGCUAUUGGAUGGCCGCCCUGGAAACCUAGUUGAUGUCCACAUCGUACCAGUGAGCAGUAAGAGGAACGAAGGAAUAGAUGUACUUAGGCGGAAAAUGGCGGAUAUUGUGCAAGAGCGCAUUGGUACUUCCAGAAGUCGGCAGCUGCCACAGUCUUGGUCUGACUUUGAUACGCUUAUCAAACAGGAGACAUCCAAACAUUGCCUGGACCUCACAGAGUGCAAACAACGUGGAAGUGAUGUUGGGAUGGACAACACUGAUGUGUUGAAUGCUCUGGAGUAUCUUCAUGUAGCGGGGGAGAUUCUCUUCUACAGACACAUCCGGGGUAUGGAGGACAAGGUGUUCCAGGACCCCAGCAUUAUUCUGAAGCUCUUCAAGCAGCUGUUUCGACACGACAUGGCCCAGCAUCUACAGAAGGAAGAAAAGCUGAUGGCCACGAACAGGAAGCAGUUUCUGGAGGAAGGCGUCGUCAGUGACAAGUUUGUUGAUGCUGUUCUGCCAAAGGAGGCAGAAUCCUUCCAGAUACUCCUGCCACUGAUGAAACAUUUCGGUCUCUGCUUCAACAGAACUGUCACCAUGAUGGCUAAUGUUCCCAUUGCCGAUGAAGGCAAGGUGGCUAAACUGUGGUCUGAAACCGUUAAACAAGGUACAACGGAGGUCAAAUUAACAAUGAAGUCCCUCGAUGUCAACAGCGAACACCCGAUUGGCUUAGGAGAGUCUCUGGCCUGCCGCAUGGUACUGAUGAGUGAGGAAGGACGGCGCCUUGUGAAGAGGAAUGCUGUUAUAAACAGGAUGGGAAAUAUGCAUAUUAUGUACCGCCGUUUAAAAAAUGAGGAUGAGGAGCCAACACAACGAGACUGGACCUGCAAGAAGAUAGUGGACGAGAUUUGCCUUUGUGCUGAUAGCAAGGAAGCCUGGCGGGGGAUGAAGGAGUUGGUGAAGAAGAUCAAGCCUUGUUUACAAGAAUAUCCAGCAAGACUGAGCGAAGAUCGCGUCACUGUAACAGGAGAUAAGAAGGUAGAAUCUAUCCCUCUGGAGGCUCUACAUAAGCACACUGGGGAAGACUUGGACAAGAUUUUCCUUGGAGAAUGGACAGAGCCUACAUGGCAGCCAGGUGUAUCCAGUUCUGACAAGAUGAACAAGUACAAGAUAGACAAUGGCCUGUAUGACGUGAGUUCCAAACUUGGAUACAGUUGGAGUCGUCUAGCCACUGACCUCAACCUGACAAGAAUGGAGAUUGACGAGAUUGAGAACAACCGCGAACUGACCAGCGACACCCAGCGGGCAUUCCAGGCCCUGAAGCAGUGGAGGAAGAAAUCCGGACAUGGACCUCUGCACUACCUGCCACAGCUAGUGGGGGCUCUGAAGAACAUGGCCAAACUCAGUCUGGCUGGGGAGGUUACCGCUAUUCUACAGGGAUAUCAUCGCAACUUGCCCCAACUGAAUGUCAAUCCUGAGGAGAGCUUGGAUUAUCCAGAGAUGUUCAAAUGGUCUCUGCCCCAAGAGGGGAAGUUUCACUGCCAGGAGUCAGAUCUCCACGUCACCACCCCCUACCCCCUGUACGUGACCAGUGCGAGCUGGUCUGCAGAACCGUGGAGGUACGGGUCAGACUGGGUACCUGUGGGGCCGCUGUUCCACUUCCAGUUCCGCGCUGACGAUGCCACAGAGCCAGUGGAGGUUGACUUCCCUCACAUUGUCGAACUUGAAGAUGGUGAUGUGAUGGUGGCAUGCAUGAAUGAUCAUGAUGAGUGCAAACUCCCUGCGGAACAAGUCAAGCCCGGACAUGUCACCGCUCUCCUGAGGCGAGACGCCCGGGUUGGUCCUGUGGGCAGGAGAAGUGCGGUCUGCGCAGCUCUUAACAUAGAAGAUGCCAGGUAUGGACCUCCACACGACCUGAAGGCCCUAGAAGAGACACUAGCCACCAUGGGGCAGGAUGAUCUAUCCAAGACUGUGCGAAAUAUGUUUAUGGACCAUGUUUCGUCCAUGGCAGAGAUGGACGUACAGCCUGCUGUCACCACUGAUCAGGAAGGAAACACAAAGUUUUGUGUAAAACUUCCGUGCAAAGGAAAGUACAUCUGCAAAGACACAGACAUCGGGAUCGUCACAUCUUGUCCCAUGACGAUGACGUACCAGACAGAACCCCUGCCUGACCAAUGGGAACACCAGGAGGACUGGAUGCCUGUCGGUCCCGUGUUUAACAUCCAGUCUGACGUUCCAGAGGACGGACCUGUGGAACUCCUGCUGCCGCACAUCCUGGAUCUGUCAGACUACAACAUGUUGGAUAUCCCUGCAGAGGAGGCCAAAGUUGUUCAUAUUGCAGACGACAAGGAAGAGAUGCUACCAUGUGUGAUAACACAUACACAUGCCAUCUUCCGUCGUUGCAAGGGAACCACGGUGUUCAUUGCAUUGACAAGAGCACUUGGGUUGGAAACCAAAAGAAGAGGCCUCUUCGUCGUGAUAGAAUCACCAUGGGCAAGCUACGGUGUACAUAUGAAGGCCUUCAUUGUCUCUAACACCAAAGACAUGAUAAACACUUUACAAGAGAAUUUAGGAGCCCUUUGCGAGGGAGGGCACACUUACUCCCUGUUGUACAGCAGACCCUGCACCGUGAUGACUGAACAGAAAUAUUGUUUGCACGCAACGGUGGAGAACGGUAACAUGGAACACGAUCCAAAGCCACCAGGAGGCAUUCUAUAUGAGGACACAUUGGGUGAUGGUACGUACCCAGAGAGGUUCGAAAUCACCAUCCAGAGCAGCACUGGCGGGGCUGCAGUGAAACUGGACGCACGCCUCCGCCCUGAGGGCCAGAAUGAUCACGAUACCUGCCAGAUGAUCAAGUUCAUAGAACCACCGAGUUCCAGUCAACCAAUUGAUCGUUUGCAGAAAGGAGCUGUUUCACAAGAUUUCACUGCCUCAACACUGGACAGGCCUCCGACUGACCAAGAUCAACAUCAACAGUCAAGGCCAGAGCCUACAGGUCCAUCUCCACCCAGGACACGACGAUACCUACCUACCCGUGUAAUGUUGGUGAUUAUUACGGCGAUUAUGGCAAUUGUUAUCCAGCUUUUCUACACAGGCCACUUAAACGACUUCUUCAGACUAUUAAACGGAGGAAAACAUGUCCACCAUCACAUGUCGUAUUCUGGCAAGCCUGUUGUACUACUGGUCAACGAUGAAUAUGGCACUUCCAAAGGUGGAAUCUCCACUAUAAACCGUCAGCUGGCCAAACUGUUAAGUUCCUCAGGAGCUAGGGCUCUCUGUACUGUUCUGAACGCCUCCAAAGAGGACACAAAUGAUGCAAAUGCCAAUGUAGUUGAGUUGAUACUUCCAACAACUUUUGAGGCGGACGAAAGGCAGCCGAACAUCAACUGGCUCACCUUCGACCACCUAACUAGAUAUCCGAACCUUCCAUCAGGCAUAACGCACAUCAUUGGCCAUUCUAGUAUUACUAGCAGCGCGGCACGGAAGAUCAGAGCACAACGAUAUCCUACUGCCAAGUUGAUACUCUUUAACCACGUCAUCCCAGAAGACACCGAACACUACAAGAGCGAGAGUAGAGCAUUGGACAUCGAAGAGAAAAGCGACGCUAUUCGAAAGGACAUGAAACACGCAGAUGUCAUAUUUUCGGUGGGGCCAUACCUGCAUGACUACUACCAAACCCAGGUCAAAGGUUUGAAACCGCAUUACCAGUUCCUCCCUAAACCUUCUAAAAUCUUUAGUCAGUUGGAUCUGAAAUACGUCGAAACAGAAACUAAAGUGGUGUUGUCCAUCGGUAGGGUUAAGGGUGCUGAGAGGCUGAAAGGUUACGAUCUUGCGGCAAAGGCCAUGAGCAUCGUGAUAGAAAAAUUCCCAAAGGCAAAAUGGCGAGUCCGGGGCGUCAGUGCUGAAGAUUUUACUCAAAGCAAGGAAAUUAUCGACGCCAACAUUGAGAAAGGCAAAUUCCACUUCACUGCUCUGAAGUACGGGACACAACACAACCUGAGCAUAGACAUGAGCGAAGCUCACCUUGUCCUGAUGCCGUCACGUGCAGAGCCAUUCGGACUCGUCGGUCUCGAGGCUAUCGCUGCAGGAGUACCUCUAGUUGUUUCCAAGAACUCUGGACUUGCGUGGUUCUUGAAGAAACAAGACCUCAAAGUCUACUUUGUAAACCUCAAAGGCGAAGAUGAGGAAGAUGCUAAAUCACUCGCUGAACGAAUCGAGGAGAUCUUGAAGAAUGGACAAAGAGAGUUUAAUGCUGCCAAAGGACUGAAACAGAAACUUUUGAGCUCAAAAUAUUGGGAAGAUUCCCACAGAAAAUUCCUUGAAGAAUGUGGCAUUCGGUAGCAAGGGUAAGGCCACAGCAAGUAAAUUUUAUGGAUGACAUCCUCUGCAGACUGCAAAAAUAAUGAGAUAGGGCGAAAAAAACAAGAUGAGUAAAAAAAACAA